GGGGCUAAUACAAAUGGAGAACCCUGACCAAAUCAUUGAUGAGAGCAGAUUCAAAACAACUUUCACAGUAUACCUUGAUCUCCUUAAAACAUCAGAUGUAACCUUUGCAGAACCAGCAUCAAUCACUGCUGGGGAACUAGUAGAGAGAAUACUGUGUAAAUAUCUCGAAGAAGGUAGACCUAAAGGAAAGAGGAAGGAUUUCUCCCUCUAUUUGAUAAACAGUAAACACAUUGAGGGCCACUUAAAAUCUAAGAAAGCAAUUAAAGAUGUAAACUCUGAGGAAGGCAAGGAAUUUUACAAUAAUAUUGACUCAGUUUUCAAACUUCCGACAGUAAUGAAGCGAAAACUUGAUAGCAGGGACCUUCCGAUCAAGAUUCUGCAAAGAACUGAGCACAAGAUGAAACAUAAAGGUGUAUCAAUGUUCCAGUGGGAUCUCUACUUUCUCUCUCAUUCCACAUCCGAAGCCACAAAGCGAGGUAAUCUAGAGGAGAGAAUUGAUAAAGAAGGGGAAUUCUUUAAUGAACUCCUCACCAACAUCACAGACAAGAGGUUCUUCUUCCAUCGGAAAGGUCUCUGAAGUUUGCGUGAAGAUAAGAAUGAGAAAUUCAGGGAUAUCACCCUAAUCCUCACAGGUGGGCAUCUGUAUUAUUUAGAGAAAUAACAACAAGGACAGCCUAAACUUGAUCCUGCUUUCUGAAGCAUCAGCUUAUGAGAACAAGGAUAAAUCAUACUCCUUUGAGAUCCGAACCAAUGGGCGAAAAUAUGUCAUUGCGUGAAAGUCCCAGCAUGAUAAAGAUAAUUGGGUAAAUGCUAUUCUUUUCCAAAUUGAGCACACAAAGUGCAAACAUGAAAUAAACGACCUCGAAGGUCGAAUACAGCAAUUGUCCAAAGAAGCCUCAAGCAGCGAGUCAAAGAAUCCUACUCGAAAGCAGUUCCUCACAUAUCUGGAAGAAAUGGAUGUUCGAUAUGGAUCAUUACUACGCGAUACCAUAAAAUCAGUGCAUAGUUACAAGCAAAGUUGAGUUGAACUUAUUGAAACUCUUGAAUUAGCUUCCAAAGGAGCUCACUUUACUCAACAAGAGCAGGAUUCUCUUAGAACAAAGGUUGAGAAACAAGCAACAAGCAUUCUUGGAGAAAUAUUUACAUUACUCAAAAGAGCCAAGCUUUCAAUCGCUAGUGGCAAAGAUCUUGACAAAGAUGAUACCUUUUUCCAGGAAGACAAGGACCAAGAUAAUGAUCUAAUCGCAAGUCAAAUUGCAAAACUCACUGAAAACGUGAGCACCAUGGAUUCAAAGACGAAGAGGAGGAAACAUUUUGCCACGAACAAAAAUCUCGACGCAAUCAAGAUUGAAGACAUUAGUGCGAACCAUACCUACAAAAUAGGGGAUUUCAAAGAUAUACCACUGAACCACCAAAUAGUCUUAUUGUGUCCCACCAGAUCUUUCCUCUCAAUGAACCAGAAGUUCUCCAAAAUGAAGGAAAUCAAGGAAUAUGAUAAAUACUUGUUCAAGCCACUAGAGGAUAAUGUGAACCUGAUUUAUCGAGCAAAUUUCGAAGCUGAUUUUAUGAAAACAAUGAUCUGGAAUAUGAACUUUAAUAAGACAAUUACUGAUGCCAACCAGUAUCUUUUUAGGAUAAGAUCUACUGAUACCAACAUAUUCAAAAAGAUCCUGCAUUAUAAUAAGAGGAGUAUUACUGAAAUCAACGAGAAAAAGAAGAGAACCUCCAAUACCAGAAAGUUAUCAAAUGCUAAAGAAAGCUUGCUAAGAAAUAACCAGUCAUACAGGAGUAGACGCUUGGUCAGUGUAAGCACCAGCUUUACGGCAAAUUCAAAAGAAUUUGAAGAAAUCAUGAGGCAGAAGAAUGAGAAUAGAAGAGGUGCCUCUAGGAAAAACACCGCUAUGAACUAUUUCCCAAAGGGAGAAGAUAAUGGCACAAUGAUCUCUGCUAUCCCUAUCAAGGAAACUGUGUCUGAAGACUCAGAUCCUGAAGAGGAGAAAAUAGACACGACGACACACCGCUUCAGAAGGACCUCCAGUGAGAUCGUUGAUUCAUGAGGAAUGUAGCUUUCACAGCCUGUUUUCUUUUAAUUUAUUUCAAUUCUUAAUU